AUGACGAGACUAAUGCGCGAACAGUGGCAGUUCAAGUUCUUCGACGUCUCGCAAGUCAAGCUCCCCGACGAAGAGAGCUCCUUCCUGCUCGAGAUCGGGAAUAUCACGUGCAUCGUAUCUGGUUCAGAAAGCAUCUUCUUCGGCAGUGCAGAUGGCAUCGUUCGGAUCGUGUCGCAGGCCUUCAAGGUUGUGCGCGCAUUCAAGGCCCAUGACGCAGGUGCAAUUACCCAUAUGAAGCAGGUUGAGGGCACUUCUCUUCUCGUCACCAUUGCGGAAGACCUCUCUGGGGAGCCAGUGCUGAAAGUAUGGGCUUUGGACAAGCUGGAGAAGAAGACGGGCAUUCCGCGAUGUCAGAGCACCCUCACCAUCCACAACGGGCGCAAGCAGUUCCCUAUAUCCGCUUUCGCCGCCCUCGACGAUCUCUCACAACUUGCCGUCGGAUUCGCAAAUGGAGCCGUGACUGUUGUUCGGGGCGACCUGAUACACGACCGCGGUGCGCGACAAAGGACAGUAUUCGAGUCGGAGGAGCCAAUCACUGGCAUAGAGUUCAGAGAAGGGAGCAUCACGACCUUGUACAUUGCAACGACUGGACGUAUAAUGACACUCGUAAUAUCUGGAAGGGGCCAAGGACAGCCUGCGAAGUCUCUCGACGAGUAUGGCUGUGGUGUGGGCUGCAUGGCCGUGGAUAAGGUAUCGCGGGAUGUUGUGGUCGCGCGAAGCGACGCCAUAUACUACUACGGCCAACAUGGCCGCGGACCACCGUACACAUAUGAGGGUGAGAAGAAGAUGAUAUCCACAUUCAAGGACUACGUUGCGAUAGUCGCACCCCCCAAAUCAAAUGCGAUGCCCCGGUCGAAUCCUCUCCGUACUUUUGGCAUCGGUGCCGCCGAUGAUGUCUUCAACACGUCAAGCUUUACGCUGCUCAACACAGAGUUGAGGUUCGUCGCACAUCAGGAGCAACUAACGUCGCAAGUGAAGGCCGUCAUCUCCGAAUGGGGCGAUCUGUUCGUCUUCACAAUGGACGGCAAGAUCUUCAGAUACCAUGAGAAACCCUUUGCGCAGAAGCUCGACAUACUGUAUCAGCGCAACCUAUACGUCUUGGCCAUCAAUUUGGCCCAGAAAGCCGGACUGGAUUCGUCACAACAAAACAUAAUCCUCCGGAAGUUUGGUGACUACUUGUAUUCCAAGCAGGAUUAUGAUACCGCUAUGCAACAGUAUCUGAAGGCUAUCGACAAUACCGAACCAUCUCAGGUUAUCCGAAAGUUCCUUGACACGCAAAGGAUACACAACCUGAUAGAGUACCUUGAGGAGCUUCACGAUCAUCACAAAGCCACAUCGGAUCACACAACUCUCCUCCUGAACUGCUACGCUAAGUUAAAGGACGUAGAAAAGCUUGAGGAGUUCAUCAAGUCACCAGACGAUCUCAAGUUCGACCUCGAUACCGCCAUCUUGAUGUGUCGACAGGGAGGCUACUACGACCAAGCGGCGUUCCUUGCUCGAAAACACGGUGAACACGAGCUCGUCGUCGAUGUACUCAUUGAGGAUUCAAAGCGGUAUGCAGAAGCCCUGGCCUACGUAUGGCGAUUGGAGCCGGAGGUAGCCUACUUCAACCUCAUGAAGUACGCGACGAUCCUGUUGCAACACAUCCCCAAGGACACGACGCAGCUAUUCAUUGACUAUUACACCGGAACAUUCCGACCUAAGAAGGAUGCUAUCGUCAUACCGAACGCGCCUGCAUCGGGAGGAGGCGGCGGUAUGAGUAUGGGUCUAGGAGUGGCAUCAAGUGCUGUGCAAAACCUUGCUGCACUACUUCCGCUGCCGUACAUGAACACUAAUGCUUUAGCAUCUCCUCCCAGCGGCGAACAGAAGAGCACUAUGAGCCAAGCACAGAUUGUCGAAACGACCACAGAUGAACCCGCUCCAGAAUACAAAGUACCGAAACCCCGAACUGCAUUCUCCGCAUUCGUCGAUCACCCUCAAGAGUUUAUAGUCUUCCUUGAGGCGUGUAUCGCAUCCGAUGACCUCCGCGAGGAUGACAAAGUCGAUCUGUACACCACAUUGUUCGAAAUGUACCUCCACACUGCAUCAUCGAAGAAGGACGGCGAGCGACAAGAGUGGGAGAACAAAGCCAAGAAGCUUGUUGAAGGCAAGGAUAUACCAAUAGACACAUCCAAUGUGUUACUUCUUUCCCAUCUUUCCAACUUCCGUGACGGCGCCAUUCUCGUCCGCGAACAGCAAGGACUGCAUUUCGACAUAUUCCGCUCCUAUACCGCCGCAAACGACACCCAAGGCGCCAUUCGCGCUCUUCGCAAGUACGGCCCCGAGGAACCAGCACUCUACCCUGCGGCCCUCGCCUACUUCACCUCCACCCCCGAGAUCCUCGCAGAAGCCGGCGACGAACUCGACUCAGUCCUCAAGAAGAUCGACGAAGACGGCCUCAUGGCGCCCCUCCAAGUAAUACAAACCCUCUCUACCAACGGCGUCGCAACAAUGGGCAUGAUAAAAGCCUACCUCAGCACCACCAUCGAGCGUGAGCGCGCAGAAAUCGCUGCGAACCGCCGCAAUAUUGAGACUUUCCGCUCCGAUACCUCUGCCAAGAAACAUGAGCUCGAGAAUCUAAACACCAAGCCCGCGGUGUUCCAGAACUCACGUUGUCAGGUUUGCAUGAAGAGUCUUGAGUUGCCUGUUGUGCACUUUUUGUGUAAACAUAGCUAUCAUCAGAGCUGUUUGAGUACGGAUGAGGAUGUGCAUGAUGCAGAGGUCGAAUGUCCGAUUUGUAGUUCGAACAAUGCGACCGUCAAGGCUAUUCGGAGGGCGCAAGUGGAGAGCGCGGAGAGGCAUGAUCUCUUCCAGGAUGCGCUCAAGAGGGGUAAGGAUGGUUUUGCUGUUAUUAGUGAGUGGUUUGGUAGAGGUGUUAUGGGUGUUGGUGGUGCGGACUAG